AUGAUGGGGAGUGAAGAGGAGGAAGAAGAGAGGACAAGGAUGAUGGUGAAGAGGGAUUUAGAAAUAAAGGAGGAAGAGGAGAUGGGUGAAACCAGAGAACUCCCUGGCCCUUUCGUGAGUCCCAGCCCUAUUCCACACAAUAAGGGGACCCGGUUUUCUGAGGCAUGGGAGUAUUUCCACCUGGCCCCUGCUCGAGCUGGUCACCACCCCAAUCAGUAUGCCACCUGCCGCCUGUGUGGUAGGCAGGUGAGCCGUGGCCCCGGGGCUAACAUGGGAACUACAGCCCUUUGGAAGCACCUGAAAAGCAUGCAUAAAGAGGAACUGGAGAAGAGUGGACACAGUCAGGCAAGACAGCGUCCAGACCCAAGGCCCCAAGGUGCCCAGAUCCCCAUGGGCAUUGAAGGGGACUGGGCCAGACUCCUGGAGCAGGUGGGAACUUUGGCACUGUGGGCCAGUCAGAAAGAAAAGGAGGUACUUAGGAGGGAGAGGGCAGUAGAAUGGAGGGAGAGGGCUGUGGAAAGGAGAGAGCAAGCCCUGGAAGAGGUGGAGAGGGCCAUCCUGGAGACGAAGUGGAAAGUGAGGGCUGAAAAGGAGGCCUGCCAGAGUCAGAAAGAUCUGCCUCCGGAAGUGCAUCCCUUUCAUUUUGUUUAA